CGACCCCGCCCGCCAGAUCGGUCGCUCGCUCCAUAGCAGCCUGAGGCUUCCGUGCGCACGGCCACGGUUCCCCACCCCCAAAAUCCUCCCCCAUCACCUCCGUCGCCCCCGCAGCCGAUUUUCCCCUCUCCCAGAUCGCACCGCCGGAACCCCACCCCGUUCCCCGAGGUCCAACCCCAGGCUCGCCGCGAUGGUGCUCGCGCAGCUGGGCGGGAGCAUCUCCCGCGCGCUGCAGCAGAUGAGCAACGCGACGGUGAUCGACGAGAAGGUGCUCGGGGAGUGCCUCAACGAGAUCUCGCGCGCGCUGCUGCAGUCGGACGUGCAGUUCAAGAUGGUCCGCGACAUGCAGGCAAACAUCAGGAAGAUCGUCAACCUCGAGGCCCUCGCCGCCGGCACCAACAAGCGCCGCAUCAUACAGCAGGCCGUCUUCAACGAGCUCUGCAACAUGCUGGAUCCCGGGAAGCCGGCCUUCAUCCCCAAGAAGGGCAAGCCAAGCGUCGUCAUGUUUGUCGGAUUGCAAGGUUCUGGAAAAACCACUACUUGUACCAAAUAUGCAUACUAUCAUCAGCGGAAGGGAUUUAAACCGUCACUGGUUUGUGCUGAUACAUUCAGAGCUGGUGCCUUUGAUCAGUUAAAGCAGAAUGCAACGAAGGCCAAGAUACCUUUUUACGGAAGCUACAUGGAAUCAGAUCCUGUGAAAAUUGCUGUUGAGGGCCUGGAAAGGUUCAGAAAAGAAAACUCUGAUCUCAUCAUCAUUGAUACAAGUGGACGCCAUAAGCAAGAGGCUGCACUCUUUGAGGAAAUGCGUCAAGUUGCAGAAGCAACGAAACCAGACCUGGUGAUAUUUGUGAUGGAUGGUAGUAUUGGUCAGGCUGCAUUUGAUCAGGCACAAGCAUUUAAGCAAAGUGCUGCUGUUGGUGCUGUGAUUGUUACGAAAAUGGAUGGCCAUGCAAAAGGAGGAGGUGCACUUAGCGCGGUUGCAGCUACAAAAAGCCCUGUGAUAUUUAUUGGAACUGGAGAACACAUAGAUGAAUUUGAGGUUUUUGAUGUGAAACCAUUCGUCAAGCGUCUGUUAGGCAUGGGAGACUUGUCUGGCUUAAUGGACAAGAUCCAGGAUGUUAUGCCUGCUGAUCAACAUCCUGAGCUCCUGCAAAAGCUUACUGAGGGAACCUUCACUCUCAGACUUCUUUAUGAGCAAUUCCAGAAUCUUCUGAAAAUGGGUCCUAUUGGCCAGGUCUUCUCUAUGUUGCCUGGAUUUAGUUCGGAGUUGAUGCCAAAAGGACACGAGAAGGAAGGACAGGCAAAGAUCAAACGGUACAUGACGAUUAUGGAUUCCAUGACAAAUGCAGAGCUUGACAGUACAAACCCAAAGCUGAUGACCGAGUCGCGAAUUGUGCGGAUCGCUCGAGGAUCUGGCAGGCAAAUUAGAGAUGUGAUGGACAUGCUGGAAGAGUACAAGCGGCUAGCCAAGAUGUGGAGCAAAAUGAAGGGGCUAAAGAUGCCUAAGAAUGGGAAAAUGAGUGAUCUUUCCCAGAACCUGAACAUGCAGCAGAUUCAAAAAGCCCUCCCUCCCCAAGUGCUGAAGCAGAUGGGUGGCCUGGGCGGCUUGCAGGCACUCAUGAAACAAAUGGGCGGCAAGGACAUGAGCAAAAUGCUUGGUGACAUGGGCAUGGGUGGCGAUCAUUAAUCUUGCAAAUUUUAGGUAGUUCUUCUGCUAUAGUAGUUGUGCUUGAUGUGUUGUAGAAUCUGCUCUCUUAAAGACUUUCCUCCUGACAUGAUAGUUCCCAACUUUCCAUUUCAUUUUACAGUUCCUCUGGAACUAACAUGUAGGUCUUCAAAUACAAAAGUAAUCCCUCCGUUCCAUAAUUUUUGUCUCAAAUUUGCCCAAAAAUGGAUGUAUCUAUUUUAAAAAAGUCUAGAUACAUGUAAUAACAUGUUAAUAUUUCGACAA